CUGUCGCUCGGCAGCUAUUUCCAGCUCCCUCAAGCAGCCCAGUCUGUUUGUAAACUCCACCGCUCUCUGUCUCUCUUUCUCUCGCUCUCUUUCGCGCUCCCUCACUUUCUCUAUCUCUGGAUCUCACACGCUCCCCACCCAGCGGGGUAAGGUGUGGGCAUUCAGGAAAAAAACAGAGAGGCUGGUCCAGGUUCACUUUGAGAUGUGCGGUGCGGCGUGUUUGGACGACUCGGCUGACGGUUGAUGAGAGGACGAAAGGCUGGAGCUUUCUCUUUCCUUCUGAUCUGUGGUACAGCUUUCUCACGUGUUUGGUUGCUGUAUCGUUCUCUUCGUACCCUCGCCGUUAUUCCGUGCCUUUUGUCACUUCUUAAGGACUGUAUGCCAUCAAGCUGUGGAGUUACUGCCGGCUGAAUUGAGAUCCGCGUCAGAUACCUUCAUGCCUUUACAGGAUCUUAAGUCAGGAGACUGACAGCUUUUUGUCUCACUUUGUGGCUGUUUUAUGGGGAAUUGAACUCAGAAGGUGAGCAAUAUGAUUGAAGCUGCUGUCAGUGGGCAGACUGAGUGAAUGCAGAGAGUAAAAAGAGAGGAUUUACUCUCGCCAUAUGAGCCGUAUUUACAUGGAAACGUGGGACUAACGUGGGACUAAAAGAAGCAGCGUUCGCAGCGUUCUCAUUCCCAGUUCUUCAGGACGUGCUCUAUUGGUUCUUUAUUUCUUCAUUCAAAUGCUGACUGACUUUGCGAUUCACCCAUCAGAGUAUCUGUUAGUGUGUGGGCGGUGGCACUGCCCGGCGCGACUGGCAUGCUUCUAAAGCCAACAGUGCCGGGGCUGUGCGCCAUGUUGCAGACCAUCUACGAGACCGAAUCCUGCUUCUCUUCAGACAGCACAACCGGCACCAACAUGCCCAGCACUGUGGUGGAGGUGAAGAGCUCGCUGCCUUCGGGCAUGCAGAGUCCAGUCAGCGGAGGCGUUGGAGAGCAGGGCGGCGGAGGUAAAAGCGGAGGCGGAGGUCCGGUAGAUUUACGCACGACCCCGAGUCUCAGCACUCUGAGCGUGAUGGACCCAUCGAUGAGGGAGCAGCAGCUCCAACACGAGCUGCUUCUGCUCAAACAGCAACAGGAGCUGCAGAAACAGCUGCUCUUUGCAGAGUUUCAGAAACAACAUGAAGUUCUCACACGCCAGCACGAGGUCCAGCUGCAGGAGCACCUCAAGCAGCAGCAGGAGUUAUUGGCGGCAAAGCGUCAACAGGAGUUGGAUCAGAAGAGGAAGCUGGAGCAGCAGAGACACGAGGAGCUGGAGAAACAGAGGCUGGAACAGCAGCUCAUCAUGCUGCGCAACAAGGAGAAAGGGAAAGAGAGAAGUAGUUUGGGGAAAGCAGGAUUUCACACACUAUCUGUGUCAACUUUGCCAGGUGCCAUAGCCAGCACACAGGUCAAGCUGAAGCUCCAGGAGUUCCUGCUGAACAAAAAGGAACCCCCAUCUGGCGUGAUCAACCAUUCAUUUCCUCAAAAGUGCUGGGGUGCUCACCACACAUCUAUAGACCAGAGCUCCCCUCCACAGAGCAACACCCCAGGCACACCCCCUUCUUAUAAACUGCCCCCCCUGCUUGGGACCUACGAGGGCAAGGAUGACUUCCCUCUCCGCAAAACAGCAUCGGAGCCCAAUCUGAAGGUGCGCUCUCGCUUAAAACAGAAGGUGGCUGAGAGGAGGAGCAGUCCUCUGCUGCGCCGCAAGGACGGCACCGUGAUCAGCACCUUUAAAAAAAGAGCCAUCGAGAUCUCAGUUUCGUCUAUGUGCAGCAGCGCCCCUGGCUCGGGCCCAAGCUCCCCCAAUAGCUCCAACAGUGCCAUCUCUGAAAACGGCUCCAGCGGCUCUGUCCCAAAUAUCCACGCCGAGCAGCUGCGGUCUCUACACCAGACUUUGAAUGCAGACGGGGCGGUAAGCCCGCUCAGCCUGUACACGUCUCCAUCCCUGCCCAACAUCUCUCUGGGUCUACCAGCUAACGCACACAUCACAGCUCCUCAGAAGCUGGGAGCUCAGCAGGACGCAGACCGACAGAUACCGUCAGUACGACAGGGUGGAGUGCUUGGCAAGUUCGGCAGCGUCUCCUCCGUGUCUGUAUGUCUGGAACCAGAGCCCCAAUCUGCCCCCAACAGUCACGGUGGCCACAACUCUCUACUGCAGCACGUACUUCUGCUGGAGCAAGCUCGCCAACAGAACGCCCUCCUCGCAGUGCCCAUGUAUGGCCAGUCACCCCUGGUAACCGGCGAACGGGUGACCAACAACAUGCGCACGGUGAAUAAGCUGCCGAGACACCGUCCUCUCAGCCGCACGCAGUCAGCUCCGUUACCACAGACGCCACAGGCCCUGCAGCAUCUGGUUAUACAGCAGCAGCACCAUCACUUCCUGGAGAAGCAGAAACACUACCAGCUAAACAAGAUUCUAUCCAAAGGGACGGAGCUCCCUCGUCAACCUCCCACCCAUCCCGAGGAGACCGAGGAGGAGCUUACCGAGACCGCAGAGAUGAUGGAGGAGCAAGGGGACAGGCCCGAGCACGUUAGGGAGGGACUACACAAAGACAGUUCAGGCGAAACCACACCCCCUUCUGAACGCGUGGUUCCUCAUAAAGGCGAGAGCACUGAAAGCGACCUGGAGGAAGAGGAGGACGAAGAUGAAGCCAUCGAGCUGAAGGAGUGCUAUGAAGAAGGCUCUCCCUAUGGGCAGUUCUCAGAUCAGCAGCACCUGCAGCAGCUGAAUGUAUUCCAGGCAUCCCUGUCCAUCACCAGAAUGCCACACAGGCCACUGGGAAGGGCACAGUCCUCCCCCAUUACCUCCAGUCUUAAAGGGACACCUGUGGUCGAACUCCCACCCGUUAAGCACCUCUUCACUACAGGGCUGGUGUACGACACGCUCAUGCUCAAACACCAGUGCAUGUGUGGAAACACGCACAUCCACCCCGAGCACGCCGGCCGCAUUCAGAGCGUCUGGUCCAGGCUGCAGGAGACGGGACUGCUGGGUCGCUGUGAGAGGAUUCGUGGAAGAAAAGCCACCCUGGAAGAAAUCCAGACAGUACACUCAGAGUACCACACACUGCUGUACGGCACCAGCCCACUUAACAGGCAGAAACUGGACAGCAAGAAGCUAUUAGGUCCAAUCAGUCAGAAAAUGUAUGCUGUUCUACCAUGUGGUGGAAUUGGGGUGGACAGUGACACAGUGUGGAAUGAAAUGCACUCCUCAGGUGCAGUGCGUAUGGCGGUGGGCUGCGUCAUCGAGCUGGCCUUUAAAGUAGCAGCUGGAGAACUAAAGAAUGGCUUUGCUGUGGUUCGACCUCCUGGUCAUCACGCAGAGGAAUCUACAGCCAUGGGUUUCUGCUUCUUCAACUCAGUGGCCGUCACAGCAAAGCUGCUCCAACAGAAACUAGGUGUGGGCAAGAUCCUUAUUGUAGACUGGGACAUUCACCAUGGCAACGGGACCCAGCAGGCAUUUUACAAUGACCCCAAUGUGCUGUACAUUUCCCUGCACCGCUACGACGAUGGCAACUUCUUUCCUGGCAGCGGAGCUCCAGAGGAGGUGGGAGUGGGGCCUGGCGUGGGCUUUAACGUGAACAUAGCCUGGACAGGUGGAGUGGAGCCUCCCAUGGGGGAUGUUGAGUACCUCACAGCCUUCAGGACGGUGGUGAUGCCCAUUGCUAACGAGUUCUCCCCAGAUGUGGUGCUGGUGUCAGCCGGUUUUGAUGCUGUCGAGGGGCACCAGUCCCCUCUUGGUGGCUACAACGUCACAGCCAAAUGUUUUGGUCACCUGACCAAGCAGUUGAUGAACCUGGCUGGCGGACGCGUGGUUCUUGUGCUGGAGGGGGGUCACGACCUUACAGCCAUCUGUGACGCCUCAGAGUCCUGUGUAGCAGUGCUGCUUGGAGACGAGCUGGAUCCUCUGCCUCAGACUGUGCUUCAGCAGAAACCCUGUCCUAAAGCCUCAGCCUCUCUCGAGAGAAUCAUCGAGAUCCAGAGUAAACACUGGUCGUCAGUACAGAGAUUAGCUCCCACGGUCACUCAGUCUCUGCUGGACGCUCAGCGGAGGGAGAAGGAUGAAGCGGACACGGUGACGGCCAUGGCCUCUCUCACCGUGGACACAGAAAACACUGCAGCCUCAACACAGACCACCAGGGCUGCUGAUGAGCCAAUGGAGGACGAGCCAGUCUUGUAGGAACUACACGUCCACCACGGUGUCACCACUUCAGCGUCCACACCUGCUCCACAGCAACAGUCGAGCAACGCUCUUGGCUCACUCCUCCUUGACCUCCAUGCAGCUAUUUGAUCGCUUCCCUCCAUCCUUCAGUUGUUCCCAGGUGCUCGACGGACGCACACACCACUGCUUUCCUAAACGUUCAAACACAAUCGCGGAGGAUCAGGUAGCCGAGUGCUGAUCUGGGAACAGGACCUUUUUUGGGAAGGUUUUAUUAUUAUUUUAUUUUCCAAAAAAGCAAACACAUAGACCGCACUGGGACGUCCUUACGACAGACAGAGGAUUAAAAGCUUCGUACGUUUACCGUACUUUUGCUUAAAAUGGGAAACGCAACACACACGGAUACUACGGAAACACACUAACACACAGCGCUCCUGAGAUGUGGUCCGGAGCAUGGCUGAAACUCUUUUACUGAAUCUCCGUUGUGUCUGUCAGCUCUUAUGUACAACCUUGUUGGAAAAGCACACAAGACGUAUGUGUACGGAUAUUACACAUGUACAGUCAUAUAUGCGGUUCUACCUGUGCUCUACAAGCACACACACACACACACACACACUUUCUGUUCACGGCUGUACACGGAGGUCGAGUGCUAAGGUUCGGUGCUCGAAGAGGAAAACGCUUGCUAGUUCCACAUUUUUGGAGGGACACACACACACACACACACACAACACAUCAUGCACACUGAUAAACGCUCACAAGCACUGGCAGCACACUGACUGAAGGAUUAAAACAUCACUUUUGGUCGGUUUCUGGUCUUUCCUGGUGAUGAAAGGGAACACGGACGGACUCGGUGCCUUUUCUACUAUCGUAAACGCUCACGCUCGGAUCGACUCCUGCGUCAGACGCGCGCGGUGAUACGAAGCUCAGACGCUUUUGUGUUCUUUUUCAAACUGCCUUAAUUUUACGAGGCGAAAGUGCCGUUUUUAGCCAUCCGGAUGGAGAGCACAGCGAGUAAGGACUCUCAACCUCGGUCCUUUUUCCUUUCUUAUUUCAGGGUGUACGCGUUCAGCCCUCGGUGAAAGAACAACAGUCCCGAAGCCUUGCUUUGUCGUUGCCGUUUCUUUGACGUCGUUUUAUUUCUUUCGGUCCUGUGUCGUCCGACGGCAUGUGGCGUGAUCCGAUUGUACUGAUAACGACGACUAUUAUGAUUAUGAUGAUGAUGAUGAUGACCAACUUGUGUUGCGUUCGUUUUGGUCAGUUUGUCCACUGUACAUAACAGCUCUCCUCUUUUAUCUGAGACAUUGCAUUCUGUUUGUUUUCCAGAGUGUCUGUGGUCACUUUUAUAUGGAAAGUUUGUCUUUUUUUUUUUUUAAUCAGAACACAAAAACAGUGUUAAUAUACUUGGUCGGUUUAUAAAAAAGAAAAAGGAACGUGUAAAAAGUAAUGUGCUGGGUGCGGAUACACAACUGUUUGUGAUGUUUUUCUUGUUUUUGUUUUGUUGAAAUAUUCAUGUGUGUGUGUCACUGCGCGAUGAAUGUGGCAUCAGGGUUUUCAAUGCAGGUAUGACUUUUUGUCUUUUCUUUUCUUUUUCUUUUUUUUAAAAAACAACAGCAGUUACAGAGAUUUUAAUGUGUUACUCGAUACAGGCAAUAAGGUCAAACACCACUUACACUUUAGACACUACGCAGCACUCUGCCACCCUCCGCAUCACCACCCUCCAUUCAUAGAGUUUUAUUUCCUCAAUUAUUUUUGCACCAGAUGAUUUUUAUUUUCGUAAAACGACAGUUUAUUGUUUUAUAAACGUGUGUGUUUCUUUAACUUUACAGUUACCAUGCUUUCACGGGAAUUGUGUUUGGGCCAAUUUCAGUGCUUGUAUAAUUCAUUCUGUAUUUAGCCUUUCACUGUUACCAGACGUUCGUCCGUGUCAGCAAGUGACGCAUUUAAAAGAAAACACUUUUAUUAAAGGAAUGGUUGAGCAGUAAAUGAAACGUCCAGAUUUUACCCCCUGCCUAAAAAGUAG